AUGUCAUCCAGCUCUACAAACGUUACUGUGUGUGCAUCGAACGACACCCUGUGCACGAUAAAGGAACAUCAGGUGGAAGUGAUUAUCGUCCCCGCGCUGCUGCUCUUCGGCACCCUGGUCACCUUAGUGCCCCUGUUUAUACUGAGGUAUUGCUGUGAUCGUAAUCGGGCACGGGUCAGAACGGCCCAGCACUACCACAGCUCAUCACACAGACAGACAGAGAGGCAUCACCACCAACAACAUAGCACCAACCACCACCACAGUCAUCGCACCAAGCACCAAAAUCACAGAUCUCAUCUGCAGGGCAUUGAUGCGCCCCCUGGCAUCAACCCACUGGAACAUGAAGAGCUGCCAAUGUCUGUUACACAAGCGCGGCAGAAUGUCAGGCCAACGAUGGCUGCAGCACCACAGAGGUCCACAGAAAGGCAUCAUGAAGCCUUCAGCCAGGUUGCUGCACUGCCGCAGACUUUUUCCAUCCACCCUAAUGACACAGUCAACUUCUACAGAGCACGCAUGGACAACAAGAACGUCGUGCUGAGGGUGCUGAAAGAAACAGCCACCAGCAGUGAGAAACAGAAGUUUUUGGCGUUUGCUUCCUUUGUGUCUGGAUUGGGGCCGCAUCCCUUCAUACCUGCGCUGCUCGGCGUUAUGUCAGCGCAGUCGCCUUUAGUCAUGGUGGUGGAAGAGCUACAGCAGAGAGACCUGCUGGGCUUCCUGUGGAGAUGCAGACAGGAUAACUCAGGUUUACAGCCUUCUUGUGACAUGACAGAGAAGAGGAUCUUCACCAUGGCAGCACAAGUGGCCUCUGCUCUGGACUACCUGCACAGUCAGAACUGUAUCCAUGGCAACGUGGGAGCUCGCAGCGUUCUGGUUGGUGGAGACAUGACAGCUAAGCUGUGGGGGUUCGGCCCGGCCUACCGCAGGAGAACCCAGGGCAGUUCAACGGGAGAAGAUACAGUGAUUAAGAAAUGGCAGGCGCCUGAAGUGUUGGCCAUGAGACCCAUCACUAAGAGCAGCGAUGUAUGGUCCUUUGGCAUCCUCAUCUAUGAAAUGGUCACAUUAGGUGACCCACCAUUUGCUCAGGUUACGUCGUCUGAACUUCUGCAGCAUCUCCAAAGAGGGAGUCACCUCAAACGACCGGACACCUGCUCCAACUCACUGUACUCCAUUAUCAGGUCAUGCUGCCACUUCAACGCCAAGAGCCGGCUCUCAACGUCGGAGCUGAUUAGAAUGCUGAAAGCCGGGGAGAGCUCAGCCAAUGGGAGGACAGCUCUCAGAGUGACUGAGCCAUUCAAAUUCGAGAAAUACUUGAGAGAGGCGGGGUUUGCAGAGGCGUACAACUAUGCUGUGCUCUGA